AUGGACAAACUAGACAACUGGGUGCCUGUACAGGAAGGCCCUUCUUUCCAGCCCCGCAAACUCAAGGUUGUUUGCAUAGGUGCCGGGUAUGCAGGCCUGAUGCUCUCGUAUCAGUACAAGCAUGGGGACCUUCAAGAGCCCGUCAUACUUAACUCAGAAGUCAUAUCUUCUGUCUGGGACGACGACACUGGCAAGUGGCUCUUGGAGAUCCAACAGGGUUGUAGCCGUGAGAUCUUACGCGAGGAAGCAGACAUAGUCAUCAACGCCACGGGCUUCCUCAGCAAGUGGAACUGGCCUACGAUACCUGGGCUGGACAAGUUCAAGGGGAAACUUGUUCAUACCGCCGCAUGGGAUACAACCCUUGACUGGUCUGGUAAGAGAAUAGCCGUCAUCGGCAACGGUUCUUCUUCAGUCCAAGUCCUUCCGCAGUUGCAACCCACAGCAGCUAGGAUCGUCAACUAUGCCCGAAGCCCUCUUUGGAUCAGCAGUGCAUUCGCUUCGGAGUUUACACCCGAGGGCAAGAACUUCACAUACACAGCUCAAGAGAUCCAGGCAUUUAAGGAUGACGAGAAGAUGUUCUUCAAGUUCCGGCAUAGUAUUGAGCAUUCCAUGAAUAAGUUCUUCAGAGUUUCCAUCAAGGAUAGUCCAGAGCAGCAGGGCGCGUUUCAGUUAUACAAGGCAAAGAUGGAGGACGCACUGAACCACGACCCUGAUCUGUGCGCCAGGCUCAUCCCUACAUUUCAAGUUGGCUGCAGGCGACUGUCGCCCGGUGAGAACUAUCUCCAGGCACUGCAACAAAACAACGUCACCCUCCAAGACGAGCCCAUUCAGAAGAUUGUUGAAGGUGGAAUUUGCAGCCUCACAAAGACGGAAGAGUUUGAUAUCAUUGUUUGCGCGACAGGAUUUGAUGUCAGUUUUGUUCCUGGAUACACAGUCGUAGGUCAGAACGGUGUCUCGCUUGCUGAGCAGUGGAAGGAUGCUCCAGAGGCGUACUUUGGAGUUUUCGCUGCAAACAUGCCCAACUUCUUUACUAUCAACGGUCCAAACACGCCUCUGGCGCACGGGAGCUUACUGGCUGUAAUGUCAUUCACGGUGGACUACAUAGCAAGAUGGAUCCGGAAGAUCUCUACACAGAAUAUCAAGUCCGUUCAAGUUCGCCAGGAUGCCCUGGAUGAUUUUAAUGUUUAUGCUCAAGAACUGAUACAAACGACUGUUUGGACGGGGGACUGCAGGUCCUGGUUCAAGAAAGGAAAGGUCGACGGUAGAGUAACGGCUAUGUACCCGGGCAGUGUGAUUCACUACAAGGAAAUACUGGACGAGUUCAGAACCGAGGAUUUCAUGUUCAAGUACACUGGCGGGAAUCGGUUCCGGUUUAUGGGUAAUGGCUUGACCUUUAGAGAAAAGAACGGUGGCGACUUGGCAUGGUAUAUGCGGAAAUAG